GCAGGAGCACCUGUGGGACUCCAGCUCUGCAGGAGAGGCAGGGAGGGACGGAGGGAGCUGCUCCUUGCUGCUCUCUCCUCCCUUUGAGCUUCCUGGUGCUCUGCCUGUGUGGAGGCAUGGGGACCAGGGGAUGGACGCUCUCCACCUUGCUGGGAUGCUGCGCAUGGAUUCUGCACGGGCUUGGGGCUGUUACUGCUGUCCCUGUCACCACCGAUGGGUCCUUUACUGUGGGGACAGCUUUCCCCAUGACAACAGAGGACAAGUGGCUCCACACUACAGAAAUGAGCACUACAGCAGCUGAUGCUGAGACCUCCCCUCCGUGGACUGAGAUGGACCCAGGGAUGGCGACGAGCGAAUAUGGCCCUUCAGUGCCAUCUUUGGGGAACGAGACCAAGGCUCUGAACACGACUCAGAGUACUGAGGGAAAUUCAGCUGCUCCCAAUACGGCCACGACUGCUGCUGCCAUCACCGCACAGCACCCCACUGUCACCCCAGAAGCAGUGCAAGAUGAACCAGAGGUCUCUCCUUAUGUCCCUCUAGGGACCACCCCUGUCCUUGAGGAUGUGAAGGAGGACAUCACUACAGACCUCAGUACUGGCACUGCAUCCCUCCACACCACCCCUCCACUGGCAGUCACCUGGGUGCCACAGCCAACUGCUGGAGUCACUGUGCCACUGAGCCAAGGGUUGACCACAGCCAAGGGAGCAGUCGAGGAAGGUGUGAUCCUGCCUGAAGAUAUUCAAAGUGAAGCCAGUGCCAACUCCUCGGGGGCCAGUCCUGAUGCUGGGGAGCUGCUUCCAACCCAGCAGGAUGGAGUAGUGGGCGGGGUUGAGGGCAUUAACCCAGAGCCAGCAGGAGAAAUGGCCCCAGCUGGUGAGGAAAGUCCAUUGGCUUCAGAAUCUGGAGAUCCAGGAGAUGCAAUAAAUGGUGAACUCAGCACAGCCAACUCAUCCCACAUACCUCCAGAGAGCCCAGUGAUGUCAGGAGCAGUGGAAAACCCUGGGAAGUCCUCCCUCCUCCCCAGUCAGGCAGUGAGCCCAGACACUUCGCUGACACCAUCCAAUGGUGGGGAUGGGGAUGGGCAGGGAGUUCCCGGGAUCUCAUCAGACGCUUCUGGUACAGCCUUGCCGCCCGCAGCCAGCAGGGCACGAGUGGCGCCUGAGGAAACAGAGGACACUGCCACCUCACUGCCAGCACCAGGGGCUCCCAUUGAGGCACAGAGUGACACAAAUCUCCCAGUCUCAGCCACUGCGCUGCCCACAGAGGAUGUGGGAGCUGUGGAUCUGGCCAGUCCAUCCCUCCAGCCUGCCCCAUGGCCAACCCCCACUGGAGAAAAUCCACUGCUGCUUCCUGAUGGUCUGACAUCCUCCACAGACACCCCCAGUGCUCCUGGGGAUGCUUACCCAGCCCCAGAGGCUGGAGCCAGAACCCUGCCUGAAGCUGAAGGUGCAGCACAGACACCAGCAAGUCCUGACCUCGCUGCUGGCCCAGAAGCAGCUGUGUCUCCAUCUCUUGGAGAGUCAGAGCCAGCUGGAGCUCCCCAGGAAGCCGAUGGACUUGGCACUGGCUUGAGUUCAGAUUCAGAUGCCCCCAGCCCAGCAUCUUUUGUACCCAACGGGCUGGCAUGGGCCACUGCUGGGAUCCAAGGCCAGGGAGCUGAGGGGACAGGGGACAUGACACAGGCAGAAGGUUCAGGGGAUGCCAGCCCCUAUGAAGAUACUCAGAGUGACAUGAGUCCUCCAGCCCUUCAGCCCUCAGGAUCUCCGGCUGAAAAUGGAGAGCUGCUGAUGGGAGGAACAGAAGACUUGGCAAAUGCUGAACUUUCCCCUCCAUCAGCACUUGGGGAUGGAACAGGAACAGGAACAGGAGGAGCCCCAGCACUGGGACAAGUGUCCUCACCUGGUCCUGCACCUCCCGGCAAUGCUGGAAUGGAGUCUGAUCUCUCGGGGCCUGAAGGACCAGGGGACCUGCCCAGUGAAUCUGCCAGUGCUCCUGGGGCUGUUUCCCGAGCCCUGGGGUCUGUUGCUGGCCCCGUGUCUGAGGCAGAGACACCAGUGAGCCCUGACCUCAGUGCUUCCCAGGGAGCACCUGGGUCCCCAUCCUUUGGUGGGUCACAGCCAUGGGGAACAGCAGCUGGUGCUCCUGUGGGAGCAGGACUCCCUGGGGCCAAAGGGCCAGACACUGACUCAACUUUGGCAUGGGAUACCCCCAGCUCAGCAGUUCAUGAACCAGUAGGACCCCCCUCACCUGGCCUUGGGGACCAGCUUGGCACAAAUGUGGGGCUGCCAGCAGCAGAAGGGCAAGGAGCCAGCAUGGCAGAGCCAGCACUGGAAGGAGCAGGCAGUGGGAUUGAGUCUGAGCCAUCCCUGAGCUCCAGUGCAUGGAGUGGAACAGCAGCUGGGAUGGAUCAACUGCCCAGUGCUGGUUCCCUAUCUGGUAUUACCUCCCCCAGUGAUGUAGCAGCAGGACCUUCUGUGUCAAGGGGUGAUGAAGCAGAACCCAUCUCAUCUGCAGGUCCUGGCUCUGACAGUCAGUCUCUGGUCUCUCCAGAAGGUGAAACUGGCCCAGGACUUGGUCUGGUGCAGGGGGCUGAGAGUGCAGGGGAUGUGGUUCAGGCAGAAAACCCAGAGAGUGAAAAUCCCAACAUGGAGACAAGUCCUUCAGCUUUCAGCCCACAGCAGGACCUCACUAACACUGGAGAGCUGCCAGCAGAAGAAACAGGGGAUGUUGUGCAUGCUGAACUUUCCCCUCCAUCAGCACUUGGGGAUGGAACAGGAACAGGAACAGGAGGAGCCCCAGCACUGGGACAAGUGUCCUCACCUGGUCCUGUACCUCCCAGCAAUGCUGGAAUGGAGUCUGAUCUCUCGGGGCCUGAAGGACCAGGGGACCUGCCCAGUGAAUCUGCCAGUGCUCCUGGGGCUGUUUCCCGAGCCCUGGGGUCUGUUGCUGGCCCCGUGUCUGAGGUAGAGACACCAGUGAGCCCUGACCUCAGUGCUUCCCAGGGAGCACCUGGGUCCCCAUCCUUUGGUGGGUCACAGCCAUGGGGAACAGCAGCUGGUGCUCCUGUGGGAGCAGGACUCCCUGGGGCCAAAGGGCCAGACACCGACUCGACUUUGGCAUGGGAUACCCCCAGCUCAGCAGUUCAUGAACCAGUAGGACCCCCCUCACCUGGCCUUGGGGACCAGCUUGGCACAAAUGUGGGGCUGCCAGCAGCAGAAGGGCAAGGAGCCAGCAUGGCAGAGCCAGCACUGGAAGGAGCAGGCAGUGGGAUUGAGUCUGAGCCAUCCCUGAGCUCCAGUGCACGGAGUGGAACAGCAGCUGGGAUGCAUCAACUGCCCAGUGCUGGUUCCCUAUCUGGUAUUACCUCCCCCAGUGAUGUAGCAGCAGGACCUUCUGUGUCAAGGGGUGAUGAAGCAGAACCCAUCUCAUCUGCAGGUCCUGGCUCUGACAGUCAGUCUCUGGUCUCUCCAGAAGGUGAAACUGGCCCGGGACUUGGUCUGGUGCAGGGGGCUGAGAGUGCAGGGGAUGUGACACAGGCAGGAAACCCAGAGAGUGAAAGUUCCAACAUGGAGACAAGUCCUUCAGCUUUCAGUCCUGAGCAGGGUGAACUGCCUGGUGCAGGUUCCUCAUCUGGUUCAGCCUCUCCCAGUGGUGAUGUGGCAGCAUCCUUGGUUUCAGAUCCAUCCAGCCUGGGUGCACUUGAAGACACAGAUGGUGCUGCUGAAGGUCUCCAGCCUGCCCUGGGUGCUGGCACUGGGGUCCUUCCUGCUGCAGGAGCAGGGGCAAGUGAAGGGCCUGGUGAUGUAGGGUCCACAGGGCAGUCCCAGGCUCCUCCUGGAAUGGGACCAGCGGGUUCAGAAAGCCUUGAUGGAGAAACGGGAGGUGCAUUGCAGUCCGCAUCUUCUUUCUUGUCUACAGAGGGGUCUUCAUCACCUGGGAGGAUGGGCGAGGCUGCUGGUGAAAAAGGCCUUCCUGGAGCUGCUGCAGCUGUUGCUGGCUUUAACACAGGCUUGGAGGCUGCUGGCCCUCAAGAAGACUCUGUGUCUGCCCCUGGCAGCCAAAGUGGUGCCAAUACCAAACUUUCCAAUGGAAAACUGAGCGAAGUCAAUGUGGUGGAAGUGCCUGGAGGAGCCUCGGUGAAUGGGGGACCUUUCCCUGGUCCCAGCCUGGUCCCAUUGGCUCCAGACAACAGUGGUGUUUCCAAUGCCAUGACCACCUCGGUGGCUGGCUCUCUGCUUCUCCCUGGACAAGGGCUGAGCUCAGGGCUGGCACCCAGUGGGGACCCCAACUCUGCACCAAGCACCCAGAGUGGGAGCAGCCCCCUGCUGCCAGGCUCACCAGGGGGGCUGCCAGAAGAAGCUGGAGGUGCUCAGUCGUGGUCUCUUGAAGACGAGGUGGCCUCAGGCAUGCCGGCACCUUUGGGAGAAGCGCCUCCUCACGCUCCCAUAUCCCCCAACGCUGCCCCGGUACCGCCUUCUGCUCUGGAAAGAGGAAAUUCUGCAGAGGGGGUGUCUGCCAGCCCUGGGCUUUCAGCACCUGAGUCGAUAGUGGGGUUCUCUGCAGGGGGAAAGGGACAGCUGGGGGCUGCUGUGCCAGGGGGACCUGCCUUGCUCCUGCCUUCCCAGCAGCCGGGAAGCCCCGGAGCCCCCUCUGGGGAUGCCGACAGCCCUGCUCCUGGAGAAGGGAGUGCUCUGCUCCACGGAACCAUGCCAGGGCAGGGAGACGUAACUCAUCUCCUUCCCGGGGCACAUAUGGAGACUCACUCCCCACCUGGGGGGAGCCCAGGGCUCCCUGGCCUUCCUCCCUCUGGGAUCACUGCUGGCAGUCCCGGAGCAAAAACCCUGGGGCCAGGACCGGCCGGUGAUUCAUCACCCGCUGCCCUGCAGCCACCCCUGGGCAGGGAGCUGACCACCAGCCAUGCAAACAGAUCCGCUGCCAUCUCUGGGUCAAGCUUUUCUGGAGCCUUCCCAGGCCCGGGGGGAUCCCAGGGCGGGUCCCCAGACACAGCACGCCCAGCCACCUCCGGCAGCCCGGCCCUCGCCGGCCCAGCCCCACCAGCCCCGCUGCCCAGAGGCAGGGAGGUGCUUCCCGGGCCAGGAACAGGCGCUGUCACCUCCCGUGCAUCGUCCUCCGUGGUUCCAGCUCCACCAGGAGUGCCAGCAGCUGCCCCAGCCCUGCUGCCCAGUCCUGCAGUUCCAGCUGUGCCCCUCUAUGGGUAUGGAGCAAGGGAAAAUGAUCAGGAGUACGUGGAAAGAAGAGUAGAUUUUAAUUCUCCACUUUUCAAGCCCGAGACUGGAUUUCCAUUUGGGAAAACCCUGCACAGUUCUCUCUACUUCACAGACAAUGGACAGAUCAUUUUCCCAGCCUCAGACAACAACAUCCUCACGUACCCCAACCCUCCUCCCAGUGGCUUCGAUGGCCAUGAAGAGGUCCCCAUGAUCGCUGUAUUUUGGGACAACGCUGACUUCUCCAGAGGUGUUGGCACCACCUUUUACCAGGAGUUCUCCACCCUCAACACGGCCAAGCCGCCGUUUGUCCGUGAUGUGGAAGCGAAGGUCCGGCGAUACCUGAGGUCCUCCUACUCUGCAGCCUGGACCCUGAAAAUCACCUGGGAGAAGGCACCUGUCCACACAGCACGGACUGACACCCGGAAGACUAUCACGUACCAGGCUGUCCUGACCACUGAUGGCUUCAGGUCCUACAUCCUGAUGCUGUACCAGGACGGAGGCAUGCAGUGGGAUUACACCAGGCUCACUUCCACCAAUGUGCUCAUCGGCUACACCAGUGGGGAUGGCUUUUACUACAAUGAUGACCUGACUAAGAGACCUCCAGCUGCUAAAUAUCGCCCUGACCAGUUCAGGGGCUACAACACAGACCUCCGUGGGUUGUGGAUUUACAAGCUGGAAAGCCGCGUGGGCAUCAACUACCGUCUGAAGUGCCUGGCGUGGACGGGGCAGCAGCAGGAGCCCCAGGCAUGGAGCCAGGGCCUGCCCACCUGCCCCUGCUCCCUGCAGCAAGGGCAGCAGGACCCACGCUUCAAGAGCAGCCGUGGAGGCAAGUGGGGUGCCCGUGUCUCCAUGCUGCACUCAGCCUCCCCCAACCAGCACGGCGCCGGCGUGCGCUGCCUGUACGACAGCCAGAGCCAGCUCAUCGAGGGGCGGCAGGAGAGGUACUGGAGGAGCUCCAGGCAGGCGUCACCCUACCGUGACCAGGAGCUGAAGCUGUAUGACUGGUGCUGUAAUCGGGCGGGCAGUGCCCACCUCUGCGCCCGCUACAGUGAGAAGAGGCCGAAGAUUGGCUGUGAUGGAUACCAGUCACCCAGCACAGGUUCCUCGGAGGAGGCAGAGAAUGACUCAGAUGAGCAAAUAGAUGAAGAGGACAAGUAACUGCAGCACGUUCUGGGCCAUGGCUGAUCCUCAAGCCCUUUGAUCUGCUCUUCCCCCGUGUCCCCCCACAGAACCCAUCACCCCUGCCCACCAUGCAGGGCAGCUCACUUGGCCAGUGCCUGCAGUUGCCUGCCCUAGCACCAGUUCACAUUUCUAACCCAGACUUGUCCCAAGGAUUCAGUUGCUUUAGUUGUCCUUUCCCAGAUGCAGCUGGGGGGCAGAACUGGUGAGGAGGUGGGCAGGUACCCGCCACUGCACACACCACCCUUGUCCUUCCCACAUCCCACUGUGCUCCCAUGCUGCAGGGCAAGGCUGGAUCCCUGGGAAAGGGUUAAACACCACACAUGGGUUGACUGUGGCCAAGCCCUUAAAUACCAGGGUGCACCAGGCUUGUGCUGUGAGCUUGUCCUGUCUUGUCCCCUACUUCUGUUUCCCAGCCAUCCCUCUCUGAGUGGUCCCUGGGCCCUGUGCUCAGGAGAAGGGACAACUCUCCAGAUCAAGCCAGAAUCAGAUCAAUACGUCUGCUGGGUGUGUGAGGGCAAAAUGCAACCCCAUGAUCAGAAAUGUUGGCAGAAAAAUAAUUUUUGUGUGUAAGAGAGCAUCUUCCUUUCUUAAAAAAAAAUUAAAUCAUUGUCAAAUCUUGUUUGUUCAAUAAGA